GGAUUACACCGCCCUUCCCGUACAGCAUUCUGACCUAUCGGAACUCUGCCUCCUCGUGGUCCCCUCCUGUGCUAUUCGUGCGCAUGAAGACGGUUUAGGCUCAACGGCGCUACAGCUCCGUAGCCCGUUCGUGCGCGAUGCCUUGGAUUAGUGCAUGUGCCAGGUGCACAGGCUACCUUUAGAUCAUCGUCUUGUGUCUUCACCGAGUUUAGGCGGAUUGCACCGUACUCGCUGCCCCGCCUGUGCGGCCGCAGCCGUGGAAAUGCAGCUGCAUCUGGCGCCGCUCUUCGAUCCUAUAUGAAGUGUCUUGGUCAGGGUGACGCAGUCCUCUCUGCAGACACCACCAGCCCUUUCACAGCAUCUGUCCUACACUACUUGCCUAUUCCUAAUCUCGAAUCCCGAAUUUCGAGUACCAUGGCCAACAGCUCCUCUCGUGCGCCCCAGCUUGAACGAGGAAAGGCCUGUCUGAGAUGUAGGAGGAGAAAAAUGAGAUGUGACGGCGCGCGGCCAACAUGCAACCAGUGUGAACGUGCGGGGGUCGUCGACUGCGAAUACACAGACGAAGGUCCUACAGUCUCCCAGGUACUUGAGCAAAACGUCACCAUUCUCGAGGCUCGCAUACGUGCUCUCGAGGGCGACGCCGCCUCCGUGACCUUGCACAACCCCCACGCCGCUCACCCGCACAAUCAGCCUGCUGGCCAGGCGACAGGCCCUGGCUCCCCACAACUCAACUCAUCACAGAAAAUCAUCCAAUCCUUCGUCAACGUCGCGCCCGACUUUGGUUUUUUCCUCCACCUCCCCCGCUUCCUCGCCCAGCUGCGAGCCUCCAUGCCGCCCACCGACCAAUCCCCCCUUCCUGCCACCCUCGUGCACGCCGCGCAGCUCGUGGGACUUCUCUUCUGCGGAGACGACGCCCUGAAACAGCAGGCGCCGCGCAAGCUCGCCGCGGUGCUGCAAACGCUCUCGGCGGACAUGGACCCGACCCGCAUCGUCUACACCCUGCAGGCCGAGGUGCUCGUGUCGCACUACCUCUUCCACCAGAACAGGCGGCUCGAGGGCAGCUACCACGCCGCCGCGGCCGUGUCCAUCGCCGUCGCCUGCAACCUGCACAAAACCCGCAGCGCCGCCUGGCUCGUGGCGCCGUCGGGGAGUCCGAGCGGGCAGGAAGUCCAGCUGUUCCCUCCGACGGAUGACAUCGAGGAGGGCGAGCGCAUCCGGGCCUUCUGGACGGUGUUCGCCCUGGACCGGUGCUGGUCUGUCUGGACGCGGUCCUCGUCGGUGUUCAUGAUGCCGGCAACCGCGAUGACCCAGGUUGACACGCCCUGGCCGUUGGAGAUGGUGGAGUACGAGCAACAUUUGAUGAUGCCCCAGGGCAGCACGAGCGCCCUGACUGUGCAAAAUUUCCUCGACGGUCUCAGCACGGAGUUGCCUGAUCAGUCUCUGCUCUCUCUGCUCACCAAGUCGGCCGUCCUGUUCGAACAGGCGUACCACCUCGCCGAGCAGUGGAAUCCGAGCUCGAUGGCCUUCCAGAACGAGUUCCACACGCUCGACGGCCGCGUCGACAGCUUCAGGGCGGUCGUCGCCGCCUGCGCUGCCGGCCCGCGCCAACGGACGGCGGCGCUCCAGCGCGGGCUGCUCCUCGUGCGCACCCUGCUGUGCUGCGCCACCAUCCAGCUCUACGCGCGUACAGGCCCGCGGUGGGACUGCGAGGACAGCAAGAUUCUGCGCGCCGCCGUCGCGGCGGCUGAGGCGCUCGACGAGCUCGACCUCGUCCAGUCGACCCACGUCGACCCUGUCCUCGGGAUGCUAUGGGCCAUGGUAUGUCAAACGUUUGUCACCGCGUUGUCUGCCCUGAGAAGUGCCUCCACAUCUGCACUGUCCCCGGCCGUCUCUGUCUCGGCCGGCGAGAUCGUCGUCAUCAACUCGCUGAACCGUGUCCUAGGUGCGAUGGAGGCACUCAAGGACGCCAACCCCGUCGUUGCGGCCGAGCUCGCCACGCUGCACACCGUUGUGGCGACCCAUCAGGCCGGUAUCUUGAUCUAGAACGUCAUCGGCGUUAGACCGCGCGGUUGUUUCCGGUCCCCACGACUCGCUCGAUGACGUUGACCGUCUGACUAACGAGAGAUUAUUAUUCUUGCAACGCAGGGCAGCAGCCCUGGAGAUGUCAUGUACUGUAGAGGAAUGUAUGGUAGCAACCGAGGGCAAGGCAUGACGCUUUAUGACGGG